UUUAGAUUUGUUGGUUUUCGCUCGCCAUCGUCUUCCAUAAAUCAAGAUCAGGAGGACACAAAGAAAAAUAAACAUCCUGAUAUUCCAUCUGGCUUCAUAUUUGUAAUUGACCUAUUCUUUGUUCCUAUUUUGUCUUUUUUGUUUUCCUUUCAUUCAUCCUUACUGUACCUUUUGUUUCCCUGACCUUCCUUUACAUUCUCUGUCCUUCACUUUUGGUUUGAUCCUUUCCUUUUUUCCCCUUUCCUCUUUGCGCUCGUUUCCCUCUUUUUUUUGUACAUGUCCUGAUUUAUUUAUCUAUUUUUUUUUUUAUAUAAUUCAUGCAACCCAUUUUACUCCCUUUCUGUUUGUUUGUCUAUUUUCCCCUUCAUCUUCUUUAUUAUUAUUUUUAAACUCAAUUACUUAAUUCUUUAACUACCCCUUCUUCCAUCUCUCUCUCUCUCUCUCUCUCUCUCUCUCUCUCUCUCUCUCUCUCUCUCUCUCUCUCUCUCUCUCUCUCUCUCUCUCUCUCUCUCUCUUUCUCUCUCUCUCUCUCUCUCCUCGUCAUCCUCGUCUGUUAUCCCUGCUUUUCUUAUUUCUUCCAAUUCCUAGUGCCCUUCUUCGUCGUUCUCGCUUCCUCCUUUUCUCCCACCGCACCAUGAUGUGUCCCAAGGUUCUAUUACCAAGAUGGUGGCGUGGUGCCACUAUACUCCUCGCCAUGAUAGUUCCCUCCAUCAUUCUCUUUUACGCCAAAUCACAGUCAGCACGGUGUGGCUUCGUGAUGGUUGUAAUGGCGGUGAUGUGGGUGACAGAGGUGAUACCCUUGCCCGUCACAGCCCUCAUACCCGUCUUCGCUUUCCCCUUAAUGGGCGUUCUUUCCACUGACAUCGUGAGUAGACUGUACCUUAAAGAUUCCAAUAUGAUGUUCCUCGGUGGCCUCAUCAUGGCGGCGGCGGUGGAGAACUGCAACUUUCAUGAACGUGUUGCCCUUUUCGUGAUCCUCCACGUGGGUCAGAGUCCUCGCCUGCUUGCUCUCGGUUUCAUGAUCGUUACCAGCUUCCUUUCAAUGUGGAUCUCAAAUACCGCCACCGCUGCUAUGAUCGUCCCUAUCGUGGAUGCUGUAGUGAAGGAACUGACGAAGUUACGGGAGAUGGAUGUGAUAAAGGCCAAUGAAGACAGUCAUCACGUAGGAUUCACGAAUCACGCCGAGGAGACAGGACACAUUGCCAAAAACAGGUAUCUUCGACGUGGACCAGACGGUACAUACAUCGACAUGCAUGUCAUAAAAGAGGAAACGAGUGAAGAAAGUGAAAUCGGGCAAGUGGAAGUACUUGAAGCCACCGCUGCAAGGACAAGGAAGGAGGACGCCAGAACAGAAGCGGAAAGGCGAAAGCUCGAAGCGGUAAAAAUGGAAUGUCUCUCAUUGAAACAAAUGCUGUUCCUUUCCGUCGCCUUCUCGGCUAACACUGGAGGCACAGGAUCACCUCUUGGCUGUGGGCCCAAUAUAGUGUUAAUGGGACUGCUGGACAGCUUUGACAACUCAAUGGGACUUAAUUUUGCUACGUGGAUGAUGUUCAAUGUGCCAGGAGUUAUAAUGUGCGCUUUAUUAGGCUGGCUGUGGCUACAGAUACUCUUCAUGUGCUGUGGGAAGAACCGCGUCCAGAGAUCAACGCCGGAGAAGGAACAUGCCCUCAGGAAAUUCAUUGAGGGGCAUUACCGUGCUUUGGGACCCGUGAGUAGAAAGGAAGCUGUAGUGGUUACCUCAUUUUUAAUCCUCGUGAUGCUGUGGGUUUUCCGUGAUCCUGGUUUCAUCCCCGGCUGGGCUACGUACUACACAACGCCUGGUGAUUCAGUAUAUGUGAAGGCAGCUACACCUGUGAUGCUCAUGGUUUUCCUUCUCUUCUGCAUCCCAGCUGAGAGUAAACCAGCUCCAGGCGCGAAGCAGGUGGAGAGAUGCAUGAACUGGGAAGCAGUGCACAAAAAGGUUCCCUGGGGAAUCGUGAUCCUGCUGGGAGGUGGCUUGGUCUUAGCGGAGGGUGCGAAGCAUUCCGGACUGUCCAUCUACUUCAGCCAACAGCUCACCAGGCUUAAAGAUCUCCCGAAAGAAGCGUUGGUGGUGCUGGUGUGUUUAAUGGCCGGUGGAAUGACGGAGUUUGCCUCGAAUACCGCUACGGCCUCCAUCCUGCUACCUAUGUUAGCGAACCUGGCUUUAGCAAUUCAGGUACACCCACUUUAUCUGCUGAUCCCUGCUACCGCCUGCUGCGCAUACGCCUUCAUGCUUCCAGUCGCUACUCCUGGGAAUGCCAUCGUUCUGUCUGCCUCUGGAAUGAGAACGAGUGUUAUGAUACGUGCUGGGAUAGUUAUGAACAUUGUUUGCAUCAUCGUUACUGUCUUUCUCAUCAACACGCUGGGAUAUGCAAUCUUCGACCUAAACACCAUUCCCACCUUCAGCAACUCCACUACCCUGUAGAGCAGGAAGGGGACACCUACGAAGACGAGCAAAAAAAGAAAAAAAUAAUAAAAAAAAAUAUGGUGAUAAUGAUGAAAGUAAGGAGAAAGUGAACGAAGGAAAGAAAAGUGGAAGAUGAGGCAAGGAUAAGUGACACUAAAAAAACAGUUCGAGUAAUAGGAGGAAGAAUAGGGAAAAAUAUGAGGGCAUCGUUGAAGACGUGGGGAGAUGGAGGAGGGUGUGUGAUUGAUAAAGAAAAAAAAAAAACUUAGAGCACCGACAACUUUCUCCUUUCACACAAAGCUACAUAAAACUAAUUACAAGCACAUCCUUCACUCAAAAAUAUCAGUAUGGUGACUCGCAGUCCCCGUCUGUGGAGCAGACGAAAAAUGUCCACAUGUCUGACUGCUGUUCUGGUAUCAUCCUUAAGUAUCUUGACGCCCUCAACUUGUUUUUCUUCAUUAACUACAACAUUCACGGCUUUAGAUCUAAUUUUUGGUCUGCAGAACACCACCUCUCCUCUACAAAAUAUAAUUUUUUCCUCACUGAAAUACAGGUGUACGAGGCAACAGUCAGUAACCCCUUAUCUAUUCCUUCUUACUUUCUCUAUUCUCAUUUGCAAUCCAAAACUGGAUGUUGCAUCUAUGCGCGCAAGGACUUAAUUUGGCUAAUCUCGUGCCCACGCACUUGAUCUUUCAAAUUUUCCAUUAUCUUGCUACAGCUAUAGAGUCACUCUCACACUAGAUUUAUCUGUGCUGUAUACCUCUCUCCAAACUCCUCUGACAAAAAAAGAGAUUAUAAGAUGGGGUACAUCCUCACACUCUUCCCUUUUGCGGAGAUUCCUGGAGACCUUAAUGUUCACCACCAGCUUUGGCUUACUCCUCCCGUCACUGACCAUCAUGGUGGACUAGCCUGUAACAUUGCUAUCAUCCACGACCUAGGGCAAACUAUGCAAAACCCUAUUCAUAUUUUUUACCAUCUCGAAGAUACGCACAACAUUCUUGACCUUUUCCUAACCACUAAUCCUUUUGCUUAUGCUGUCACCAUCUUCUCCGUUGUGCUCCUCCGAUCGCAACCUAAUAUCUGUAUUUUGUGUUAUCUCUCCAAUCCCUCCUCAGGAUCCCCUAAAGCAGAGGUGCCUCUGACGUUUUGUCUGUGCUAACUGGGGGACCUGAAGUAUUAUUCUGAUUUUCUUUGGAAUUACUACUGCUUCCGUGGCAGUGAUCUGUUUAUGUGCGCUGAGAGCAUAACAUAGGAGAUAUAAAGUGUCUGGCAUAGAGGCGUACAUUCCUCAAGUUUUCUCUCAAUCUAAACCUUCCAAACCUUAAUUUAACAUAACCUGUUGUCAUACAUGAUAGAAAGGUGGCCCACUAAAUCUCUUGCGCUUCAUAUUUCUGCCCGGAUUUAUGUCAACUUUGUUCUCCAACUGGACAAAAACUCGUUCAUAAACAGAAGGCGUCAAUAUCUUUUAAGGUCUAACUCCUCUCAUGAUUUCUGGCACUUAGCCAAUCUUCAAUAAUUUUGCUUCUUCGUCUUUCCCUACUUUAUUUCAAUGUGAUGGUACUACUUCCACAUGAUCCAUUUAUAGAAGCUGAACUCUUUGCUCAAACCUUUGCAAAAAAAUUCUACCUUGAAUGAUUCAGGGCCUGUUCCUCCCUCUCCUUCACACACUGACUACUUCAUUCUACCCAUCAAGAUCCUUCUCAAUGAUGUUUUCUAUGCCCUCGCUGGCCUUAACCCUCCGAACGCUUAUGGACUUGAUGGGGUACAUCCUAUUCUUCUCCAAAACUGUGCUUAUGUGCUUGCACUUUGCCUAGUCAAACUCUUUCAACUCUGUCUAUCAACAUCUACUUUCCUUUUUGCUGAAAGUUUGCCUAUAUUAGGCCUGUUCCUAAAGGGUGACCGCUCUAAUUCCUCAAAAUACCAUCCUAUUGCUUUAAUUACAUGCCUCUCUAUUUUUUUAAAUCCAUCAUCAUCAGGAUGAUUCUUAAACGACUAUCAUUUCACAUUAUAUCUGAUCGCCAGUAUAGGUUCCUUCGAGUCCGUUGUAUUGGUGAUCUGGCUUUCCUUGCUGAGUAUUCGUCAUCCUCUUUUAAGAAUUUUGGUGAAAUAUUUAUAGUCGCCUUAGACAUAUCAAAAGCUUUUCAUAGAUUGUGGCACAACGAUUUGAUUUCCAAACUAUCCUGCUAUGGCUUCUAUCCAUUUCUCUGUAACUUGAUCUCAAGUCUUCUCUCUGAUCGUUUUAUUGUUGCUCUGGUAGACUGUCAAUAUUCUUCUCCUAAGUCAGUUAACAGUGGUGCUCCUCAGGGAGCUGUCCUAUCACCCCCAUUCUUCCUGUUAUUCAUCAAUGAUCUAAGAUAAAAUUCUUGUGCUAUGGACUUUUACACUGAUGGAAGCAAAGAAAUCACACAGGAACGCCACAGAACUCCGGACUUUUGAUCUUUCGAAAAAUUAAUAUUUGGGCAAAGUAAAAUUAUUGUUCAAUGCCUCAAAAACGAAAUUCUUCCAUCUAUCAGUUUGACACAAUAUUCCAGAUAACUAUCCUUUCUUCUUCAGUGACACUCAGCUGUUCCCUUCUACACUGAAAAUCCUUGGUCCGUCUUUUACUUAUAAUCUAAACUGGAAACUUCACAUAUCAUCUUUAGACAAAACAGCCUACAUGAAGCUAGGUAUUCUGAGUCGUUUCCGCCAGCUUUUCUGUACAUGGGGCCUUAUUCGUCCACGUGUGAAGUAUGCGUCACAUGUAUGAGGGAUGGGGGAGGGGGGUUUCCCUCAUAUCACUCUUUUAGACAACGUGAAAUCAAAAGCUUUUCGUCUUAUCAACUCUUAUCAUCUAACCUAGUGUCUUCAGCCUCUCUCUCAUCGCCGCACUGUUAUGUCUCUUGCUAUCUCCUAUCGUUAUUUUUAUACUAACUGCUCUUCUGAUCUUGCUAACUACAUGCCUGCCCUUCUCCCGCGGCCUCGCUGCACAAGACUUUCUCCUUAGUAUCACCCCUAUUUUAUCCACCUCUCUAAUGCAAGUGUUAACCAAUAUUAUCAAUCAUUCAUCCCUUUCUCUGGUAAACUCUGGUACUCGUUGCCUAUUUCUAUAUUUCCUCCUUCCUAUGAUGACAUAAAUUAUUUCAAGAGGGAGGUUUAAAGACACUUGCUAUCUGCUAUUUGAACAUUUUAAUUAGCAUUGUUCUGGGAACUGGCAAUUAAGUGAGCCCUUUCUCUCUCUCUCUCUCUCUCUCUCUCUCUCUCUCUCUCUCUCUCUCUCUCUCUCUCUCUCUCUCUCUCUCUCUCUCUCUCUCUCUCUCUUUUUUUUUUUUUCUUGGCCGGUGGCUUCUUACUAGAAGAGAGAGAGAAAAAAUAAAUAAAUAAAUAAAACGCAAUAUAGUCAAAUGGUGAUGCUGCAAUAAGGUUCAGAACGGUUAAAGUAAAAGUUUGAGUAUAAUAAAAUUGUUUUAUGGUAAACACCUAUUAACAUACUCUAAACAAAGUACAUAUAAAAUGAAAUGGGACUUCUCAGCGACCAUUGAAGUCCUAUAAAUUAAGGUGGAAGUUAUUUGAAUGUAUUGGGUUCAAGUGAAGGGGAAUUGACCCCACUGAUCUAGAACAGUACGUUUGAGUUUGUUCGCUUCAUACCCAAGGCACUGAUCCCACUUACCCAGAUAUCUGAUGUUGUUCGUUAAGUGGCCAAGAUAACAGGAGGAGAAGCAUGUUAGGAUUUACUUCUCGACAUGCAUUGGUACCUAU